AUUUCGUCCUUCCUGUUGGCGCUUAAAGUGUUUUCGCCGGUGUAACGUAGACAGUGUAAGCCGGCAUUUUAAAAAGUGAACUUGAUUUUGCCGGGUUGAUUUGCGUACAGAAACCUGGGAAUAACAUAUCUAUAAAGUGAUAAACAAAAUUACGAAGAAAGAUGGUUAAAACGGUAUCGGAAGAGAAAAAAGAUGCAACGUCUAAGGACGUUCUACGUACACCUAAAGAAGGAUUUAUACAAAAGAAAAAGAAUCAAAAGUUUAAACAAACCCCAACGGGCAAAGUUAAUUUGAUUAAUGGAUCAAAAGCAUCGAACAAUAGUAGCACAAAGCAGCAACUUUUGGACAAAAAAAAUAUUCCUCAAAAAGUAACAGAAAAGAACAAAGACAUGAAGAGGAAGGGUUCCCCCAAAAAUGCUAAAAAACAGCAAUCUAAAAAGGAAUUAAAUAAAAAAGAUUUGGUAGAAAGUGAAGAAGAUGACUCUGAGUCAGAUGAGGACAUUAACGAAGGAAUUGUAUUACAAGAACAAAGUUUUACACAAGAGAGCGUGGACAGUGAAGAUGAAGAGUCUGAUGAAGAUCAGAGCGAAGAGGAGAAGACUCUACCAAAUAUUCUUGGAACCAGUUUAGCAGAUGAUUCUGAUGAGGAUGAUGAAGAUUACAAAGAAGGUGAGGAAGAAGAUGAAGAGAUGAAGACAAAGAAAGGGGUGAAGAUGUUUAAAGGAUUGAAGGCAAACAACAUUGAAAACAAUGAUGACAGCGAAGAGGAAGAGGAUGAUGAGGAUGAGGAUGAGGAUGAGGAUGAGGAUGAGGAUGAGGAUGUGGAUGAGGAUGAGGAUGAGGAUGAGGAUGAUGUGAAUAUUGAUGAUGAUAGUGAAGAAGAAAGUGAUAGUGUUGGAGAAGAUGAUGAUGAUGAUGAUGAUGAAGAGUCAGAGGAUGAGGAGGAAGGUGAUGAAUCUGCUCUUGGUUUGAAAGCUCUCUUAGGUAACAGUCUUGCAGAUGAUGACGAAGAUGAAGAUUUUGUUGAACCAGGGGAAAAUGAUGAUGACAGUAGCGAGGAAGAAGAAGAUGAGGAGGAAGAGGAAGAUGAAACAAAUAAUAGUAUGUCCGAAAGUCCUGAGCAAAGUAAAAACCAUGAAGAAAGUUUAGAUGACUCUUUAGAAGAACUAAAAGUGGAUAAAAAAACUAUUUUUGUUGGCAAUCUUCCGAAAGAAGUAACAAGAAAUCAGUUGAAAAAACAAUUCAAGAAAUUUGGUAAUAUCGAUACUAUACGUUUAAGAGGAGUAGUCGCAAAGUCUAUAAAUGUACCUAAAAAAGUUGCUGCUAUUACUAAAGAUGUACACCCUAAAUUAAAAUCAGUUUAUGCAUAUAUUAAGUUUCAUACUGAAGAAUCUGCUAAAGCAGCACUAUCUAUGAAUGGAGAAUUAUUUUUGGGAAAUCACAUGAGAGUAGACACAACUAGCAAACCAGAAGAAUCACCUGACAAAAAAAAAUGUGUAUUUGUAGGAAAUUUACAUUUUAACACAGAUGAUGAAGCAUUUAGAAAGCACUUUGAAGAUUGUGGUGAAAUAGAGUCUGUGCGUGUAAUCAGGGAUAAUAGGAGUGGUAUAGGCAAGGGAUUUGGAUAUAUUAAUUUCAAAACUGAAGAUGCUGUUGCAUUAGCAUUAGAAUUAGAUGGUACAAAAAUUUUGAAUCGCGACAUUAGAGUUAAAAUGUUUAUGGAUCAAAAUGAAAGAGGCAAAGAUAGACGCGCAAAAAGAUCGCUUUCUGCGGAUAGUAAAAACAAAUAUUCAUUGAAAAAACAGAAAACGACGCGCAAGGGCAAUACCGCGAGUAGAGGGAAUGAAAAGAAAUUUGGUGGAAAUCAAACCAGUCCACAACAAUCAAAGACAUUUCAAGGGCAAAAAGCCGAUGAGAAGAAGAAGAGGUCACCAAAUAAAUUAGAUAAGAAAAAGAAAAUUUUGGCCGAAAAAUUGGCAGCCAAACCUAAGAAACCGUCAAAUUAAGUGGCACCAACGAAAAAUGUAUUCCUAACUUAAGGCAUUUUAUUAUUUUAAUUUUAAUCUGUUUGUUUAAUUUAU